CCGCCCCGGCCCCAGGCCCAAGCGCCAGGGGGAGGAGCAGCACCCGGAUCCCGCUCUGGCUCAGCGAUCCCCAAGCGUCUGCUCAGGCUCAUGAAGGAAACACCUGGGAUCUCACAUCAGGAGUUGCUUGACUGUUACUGAGUGACUUUGGAAAAUCUUGAUUCUUGGACCAAGAAAUGAGGCUUAGAAAUUCAUUCAGUGAAGCAGGUGGCAAAGUGGUAGAUUGGAAAGAGAUAGCAGCUUCACAGGAAGGAGCUAGCAACUCCUGGGUUCAGAUCUCAUGACAGCGUUAACUAGGAGGGAGAUUCAGGCACUAGAGAGCCAAGCCAUGCCAACAUCCACCACGGUGCUUUCAGUCCGAGCCCUGCACAGCCAGAAUUCAUAAUGACAACAGUGACGGUGACCACAGAAAUUCCUCCAAGGGGUAAGGGAGAAGACAAUUCUGCCUUGUACGCGUCGACAUCGGCUCACAUUAUUGAAGAAACUGAAUAUGUGAAAAAGAUUCGAACUACUCUAGAAAAGAUCCGAAAUCAAAUAUUUAAAGAUGAAGCAGGACAGAACAGUGUAAAUCACAAACUGGAUGCAAAGCAUCCUGGAAACUUUCAAAAUGGCUCUGAUUCUGAAACGGAUCCUUCUUGCAGCAGUUUGGAUUUGCUCAUGAAAAAGAUGAAAGGCAAAGACCUACAGCUCUUAGAAAUGAACAAAGAGAAUGAAGUAUUGAAAAUAAAGCUGGAAGCCUCCAGGGAAGCAGGAGCAGCAGCUCUGAGAAACGUGGCCCAGAGAUUAUUUGAUAACUACCAAACAAAAUCUGAAGGGAUGAGGAAAAAGCAUGAAGACAGUCAGCAUUCACUCCAGGUUAACAAGCUUGAAAAAGAACAGAAAUGGAACGAACAUGUUGAACAGCUGAAUCAAGUUGCUGAAAAACUUGAAGAAAAACACAGUCAAAUCAUGGAAUUGGAGAACCUUGUACAGAGAAUGGAAAAAGAAAAGAGAACUCUACUAGAAAGAAAACAGUCUUUGGAAAACAAGCUGCUGCAACUCAAAUCCAGCACGACACAUGCUAAAAGUUGCCAGGAUCUUCAGAUGGAGAUUUCCAUUCUACAGGAGCAGAUCUCCCACCUGCAGCUUGUGAUCCACUCCCAGCAUCAGAGCCUGCGCAGUGUCAUCCAGGAGAUGGAAGGAUUAAAAAAUAAUUUGAAAGAACAAGAUAAAAGAAUUGAAAAUCUCAAAGAAAAAGUUAACGUCCUCGAAGCACAGAAUAAAGAACUAAAAACCAAGGUGGCACUUUGGUCUGAAGCUCCAAGGACAAAAGUAUCUACAGCUGUCUCUACAAGUGAAUUGAAGACUGAAGACAUCUCUCCAUACCUGAUGUUGAUUAGACUACGAAAAUGAACCGGCUGGCUGAAGAUCCUAUGAUAAAGACUAUGUGGCUCUAAUUUAGUCCUUGAAGCUCAGCCCUGACUUCCUCAUAUUUAAACAGAAUUUAUUAUAUAUAAGUAGUUUUGCAGGAAGAUGGCCUUCCAAAAGGUCAGACAAAUACAUAUUUAAGGGAAAAACUCUUUCUUCAAAACUUACCAAAUAAGUGUAGAAACCAAGCAGUUUCCCACGAUGGAAGAGAUUCUGCUUUACAUUUUUAAAAAAUCUGAGUUUCGUUUUCAGACUUUGGCUAAAGGGACUGUUUUAAGGUUGUCAACUCUAAACUUUAGACAGUAGUUUUUAGGCAUACAAUUGGAAGAAUAGAGUGUCUGUAUGAACAAGCACUAAAUUUUAAAAUUGACCUUUGGAUAAUAAGAAAGAUCUUACAACAUAAAACCCUCUGCAGAUCCAUCGUUAGUGGGAGAGGUACCUCCUACUGAAACAUGGCAGGAGGAGCAGAUUCUUUUUAAUUAAUUGUUCAACCCAUGGUCUUCUCCAGUUAAGCACUGUGGUAGCUGCCUGAUGGCACCAUAGAAAGCUACUGGUUUUCAAUUGCUCUGGGAUUAAAAAUUGGUUGUUGAUGGUAACCUAGACACAAAGCAUCCAGGGAUGCUCACUGUGCACUCUGCCUUUGUGACUUUCUUCUUGAUAUUAAUAUCGCCUAAUUAAAAUACUUGGGGAAAGAGUAGAAUAUAAUGCUGUUAGCACACACCUCUAUAAAAAUGUAUAUAUUACAGGUUCAACAAAAUUGGCUAUUGUCUGCAGCCAGGAAGAAUCUGAAUUCAUGAAAUGCAAUGACAUGUCUAGUGUUCUUGUGUGAGUGUGCUGAAAUUUCAAGACACACCUUCCUUAUAGGUGGAGUUUGUGGUUGCUGUGAGUAAAAGCAAACUCUGACUUGCAGAAAUGCAAAUGUACUGAUACUCAGGAAAGCAGAACACACUUCCGUUAAAUGAAUGAUGAGAGACCUCAGUCAUCCUAAAGAGUGAAUUCCCUUCAGGCCGUUGUUUUUCCUCUAUGAUGUAUAACUUUAAACAUUUUCUCAGGAAAAGUGCUUCAAGCCUUUCGACGAGGAAUGUGGAAUAUCAGUGUUUUUUAUAAAAUGUUUGAAGGUAUGUAAACAUGAGCUGAAGUGAUGUAUUUAUAAAUUCAUCCAAGUACUGUAACCUUUGAAAUGUUGCGUAAUUCUGUGUGUGUGUUUUAUGUCUCCUAGUGUCUUUGGAAACAUUUUUAUUGCUUGCUAAUUUUGCAGGUAUAGUUAACUAUUCAUUUUUGUUAUCACCAUGCCAGGAACAAUUCUGUGUUACUUGUAUACAUUCCUUUUGUAUGUUCCCAAACCCUCGGAAGCAGGUCAUAUUAUUAUUCCUACUUCCCCGAGGAAGAUACUGAAGAUGGUUAAGUCAUUUGCCCAGCUGCUAACUGUGGAGCAGAGAUUUGAACCUUUGACUUGGCCAUUGAUGUUUAUUCUACCUGCUCACUUGGUGGUCUGAAAUAUUUCCCAGCAAUACAAUUGCCUCUCUUUUUGCUACUUUAACAAACACACAGCUUCUUUGGUAGCUAUCUGCAUGAUCCUGUGGAUAACAGUCAGAAAUAACACUGGGCGGCGCCUGUAGCUCAAGGAGUUGGGCGCCGGCCCCAUAUGCUGGAGGUGGCCGGAUCAAACCCAGCCCCGGCCAAAAACCACAAAAAAAAAAAAAAAAAAGAAAUAACACUUACUGAUAAAAGUCACUAUUUUGCUGAAAUUAGUUGGCCUUUCAUCUGUUGGACUAUCACCAGGAAAACUCAGCUCUCACACAAACCUUCCUGCUAAAAAAUCUGAUCUGCUUAUUUCACACUUAUUUGUCAUGACUUUAUGCCACAGUGAAGAAUUUCUUUGUAAUACAGUUGUAGGGAAAUAGGGAUAAGGAAUCCGACUUCAAGAAUUUGCAGUGUAGAAAGAGAAUCCACCUGUCACUUGGAGACCAAUCAGGCUCUUCUUGUACCUCAAUCAUUGUGCCAUUUGGUAAUACAUUUGAGAUUUUGGAAUGGUCUCAUUUAAAGGAACUAACGACAACCUUGAUGAUUUCCAUUCAAAUAGGUAUUCCAAAGUCAAAAAUGGGAUGAUGCGGCAGGAUUUUCUUUUGGUUUCGCUAUGCUCAUUUUUGAACAGAAGUACAAUUGGACCUAGUACAGCCAGGCUCACUGUGGAGCGGGCUUUGGAUUUUCUGAGAAUAAGCAGUUUCAGUAGCCAAAAAUGAUCUGAGCUCUUCAGAUACAAAUGUAUCUUUAUAGUACCAUCAGCCAUAUCAUUUGUUUUUUAUAUAUGUAUUAUUUCUUAUAUCCUCAUUGUCUUGGCUUUUAUCAUCUGAAAUGUUUUUUCAAUAAACAUUUCUGCAUGACAAAACAAAAGGUUACAAUGGGGAAUGAAAUUUAUUAGUCUAAAUGUAGAACUAUACAGGAACUGUAAGGAAAGAAACACUAGUUCAGCUGUAUUCUAAAUAAUUGUACUUAUCAUUAAACUAAUCAAUAUAUUGGCUAAGAAAGUCUGAGGUGGGCCUUACGUUCAUAUAUGAAGUUAGAAAAUGAAAGCAAACUUGGUUCUACCUUGAUUACAUAUAUUUUAAGAAAUGUCGAGACUAAACAAUUGGUGUAAUAUAUCUUUUGAAUAAUUGCAUAUAAUAUGCUUUACAAUGAAGAAAAUUGAUCUUCUCUGUGGAUUUUUUGUUUGUUUUUAUUUCCCUUUACAUUAAAAUCAUCAUCCAUAGGGUGGCGCCUGUGUCUCAGUGAGUAAGGCACCAGCCCCAUAUACCAAGGCUGACGGGUUGGAACCCAGCCCUGGCCAAACUGCAACAACAACAACUAAAUAGCCAGGCAUUGUGGUGAGUGCCUGUAGUCCCAGCUAAUUGGUAGGCUGAAGCAAGAGAAUUGCCUAAGCACAACAGCUGGAGGUUGCUGUGAGCUGUGACACCACGGCAUUCUACCAAGUGUGACAAAGUGAGACUCUGUCUCUUAAAAAAAAAAAAUCAUCCAUAAAUUGAUCACUUUUUAUUUUGCUAUUUGUGACAAUAAAAUCCAUAAUAAAUGGAUUCUUUUUAUCAGUGAACAGAUAUUGAAAUACAUUCUUGAAUUUUUCUGCUAAUUUUCCCUGCAUCCAAAUUAACAGAGAAAAAUAUAUAUGUAUAUUAAGUUUUUAUUCUAAAUUAAAAAAACUAAGAGUUAUAAAAAUGAAAAGAACACAUACUUCUCAAAUUAUUUCAUAUAUUUCUUCAUUUUGAAAAUCUCCACAUCUCCUCUGACCUGCAAAUAAAUACCAAAUCCUCAUCAUAUCAGAGUAGUUGGCCUAUCCAGGCAGAACUGAACAGUCCUCCAACUAAUACCGUAAUCAUUUCAGUUCCUUCCCUUUCUCCCUCCUUACUUCUCUUUCUUCCUUUUUUCUUCUUCCUCUUAUUUUCAAUGGAAAAUAUUAAGGAUACAAUAAAAAUUUAAACAAACACAUUUAAUUGAUUUAUUACUAAAGUAUAUACUUGUGAUGGGGUUCAGGACAUACUACCCCAAAAUAUGGCAUCUUGGCAUUUGAGAAAACAGCAGAAGCAGGACGUUCCCGCUCACCUUCCCCUCUUCUCCACUGAAGCAGGUCAUGAAACCUAGCAAGGAUUUUUUUGACAUUCCCCCGUCAGAUGCUCAUUUGAGAGGGGCCCUCCCUAUACCCAGAGGAGAGGAGCAUCCUUAUCUCUGGAGACACAAGGACACAGAGAAGAAUCUGAACAAACAUUCUUUGCUAUUUUCCUCCCAGUUUGUUACUAUUAAAUAUUAAUCACACCCCCUUUGUAUAAUCAGACUUCAUUGUAACGAUCCAUGUCUUCAUCAAUUCAAGCAUUUAAAAAAAUGCACAAAGCCCAAAUGCCCAUCGACUCACGAAUGGAUUAAUAAAUUGUGGUAUAUUACACCAUGGAAUAUUAUGCAGCCUUAAAGAAAGAUGGAGACUUUACCUCUUUCAUGUUUACAUGGAUGGAGAUGGAACAUAUUCUUCUCACUCAGCAAAGUAUCUCAAGAAUGGAAGAAAAAGUAUCCAAUGUACUCAGCCUACUACGAAACUAAUUUAUAGCUUUCAUAUGAAAGCUAUAACCCAAUGAUAGCCCAAGAAUAUGGGGAAAGGGAGGGGAUGGAGGGCAGAGGAUGGGUGGAGAGGGUAAUUGGUGGGACCACACCUAUGGUGCAUCUUACAUCAGUACAUGUGAAACUUACUAAAUGUAGAAUAUAAAUGUUUUAACAAUAACUAAGAAAAAGCCAGAAAGGCUAUGUUAACCAGUGUGAUGAAAAUAUUUCAAAUUGUAUAUAAAACCAGUGCAUGGAGCCCCAUGAUUGUGUUAAUGUACACAGCUAUGAUUUAAUUUAAAAAAUGUAAAAAAAAAUGCACAGCAUUAUGCAUUUCUUCAGGCCUUCAUUUCCUUAUGAAGGCUCCUGUGUUACAUAAAACUUACAUUGAAUAAAUUUGUGCUUUUCUCUU